AUGGCUCAGAAUAUCAAAAUGCGCGAGUGUGUGUCCUUACAUAUUGGGCAGGCUGGUGUACAGAUUGGUAACGCCUGUUGGGAGUUGUUCUGCCUGGAACAUGGCAUACAGCCUGACGGUUUGAAGCCCAGCGACAAGUCCAUCGACUCUGGUGACGUCUCUUUCCGUGACACGUUUUUCGCGGAGACGGAAGGAGGCAAGUGUGUUCCAUUGGCUACUUUCGUCGACCUGGAACCUACAGUGAUCGAUGAAAUACAAAGCGGGCCAUACAAGUCUCUGUUCCGUCCUGAACAGAUGAUUUCUGGCAAGGAAGACGCUGCAAACAACUACGCAAGGGGAUAUUACACCACCGGAAAGGAGAUCAUAGACGAAACUUUGGAUCGAAUCCGUAAAUUGACGGAGAGAUGCUCAUGUCUCCAGGGCUUCCUAGUUCAUCACAGCUUCGGUGGUGGGACGGGGUCAGGGUUCACCGCCCUGCUGAUGGAGAUCCUAUCUUCAGAGUACGGCAAGAAGCCCAAACUACAGCUGUCCAUCUAUCCAUCUCCCACAAUGUCCACCGCAGUGGUUGAGCCGUAUAACUCCAUCCUGCUCACUCACACCACCCUGGAACACGCCGAUUGCUCCUUCAUGGUCGACAACGAGGCGCUGUACGACAUCUGCUGCCGCGGGCUUGACGUUGAGCGUCCCACCUACACCACCCUCAACCGUAUGAUAGGGCAGGUCAUCUCGUCCAUCACCGCCUCUAUGCGGUUUGAAGGCUCACUGGAUGUGGAUCUGACCAAGUUCCUGACCAACUUGGUGCCGUAUCCCCGCACCCACUUUCCCCUGUCCACCUAUGCCCUCUUCACCUCUACGGAGAAGUCCUAUUAUGAGAAUCUGUCAGUCGGAGAGAUCACUGACAGUUGCUUCGAACCAGGCAACCAGAUGGUGAAGUGCGACCCUCUGAAAGGGAAGUUCGUGGCAUGCUGCCUGUUGUACCGUGGUGACGUCGUACCCAUGGACGUGAAUGUUGCCAUCGCAAAGCUCAAGACCAGGCAGUCAAUUCAGUUUGUUGACUGGUGCCCGACAGGCUUCAAGGUUGGAAUCAACAACCAUUCACCUACUGCGGUGCCUGGUGGAGAGAUACCAAAGGUGCAGCGGACCGUGUGCAUGUUGAGCAACACCACCGCCAUUGCCGAGGCCUGGGCCCGUCUGGACCACAAGUUUGACCUGAUCUACGCCAAGCGCGCCUUCGUGCACUGGUACGUGGGUGAGGGUAUGGAGGAAGGGGAGUUCUCCGAGGCAAGAGAAGACUUGGCGGCCCUUGAGAAGGAUUAUGAAGAGGUUGGUCGCGACAACAGUGACGAAGAAAGCGACGGAAGCGAGGAACACUAG